AUGUCGACCAAAUCUUCGAUCAGGCGUUCGUUUUGGGGUCCGAUAAGGGGCUCGACCAAGUCGAAGGAAAAACCAGAAAAGGCAAUCCAGCAAGAGAUAAAGACUCCGCGAGCGAAGGUGUCAUCUCGCGCAGGUACUGGCAGCAGGGCAAGCAAGCGACAGUCGAUGGUUAUUGAUCCUUCAGAGCUCAGCCGAGCCAUGGGUCACGGUGAACCCGACGACAAGGAAAAUUUGCCUCUGAAUCGAUCUAAACAUAGAACCGUGUACGAAGAAGACAGCGACGGCGAAGAUGCAGACAUCACAGCCGAUUCCAGCACGGUUCUGGAGAUCCUGGAUAUGGAUACUAACGACACAACUACCUUAUUAGACACAGCAUUUGACGAUUACAAAAUAGCACUCCAAGCAUUAUCGUUGGAGGACAACGAUAACCCAGACCAGAAACUCGCUCUGGGCGACACAUACAACGACACAGACGACCUCAAAAGCACACUCGGGACUCCAUCGCGUCAGGAACAGGUGGAAACGCGUGUCAUCGAGCGUGUCGGGUUCACCAUCGUUGGUACCGAGUUCAUAACCAAGGACGACGAGAACAACGAGAUCAGGAAGAGUUUCUUCAGCUCGGACUACGACAACCUGUUUGACGACGUGGAGCUCGACACUUCCUCGCCCAAACCAAUACAGAGAACUUCAUUAUAUUUCGGGGGCUUUACAGAUCUUUCCAGAUGA